CACUUUUCCCUGCCUGCUACCUGUUGCUGCUUCAACUUUUAACCCCCAACCGUCCUCCACCAAAGUUCCUGAAGCUGCAGCAACUCGCAAUUUGGGGCAUACCAUACAUGGACUACUAGAGAGUCUUCAACAGGACUGCAAGUAACCUAAAACCACCAAAACAUCUAAAAUGGGGAAGCAGAACAGCAAACUCCGCCCAGAGGUGAUGCAGGAUCUGCUGGAGAGCACGGACUUCACCGAAGCUGAGAUCCAGGAGUGGUAUAAGGGCUUCCUGAGGGACUGCCCCAGCGGGAACCUCUCCAUGGAGGAGUUUAAGAAGAUCUAUGGUAACUUCUUCCCUUACGGAGACGCCUCCAAGUUCGCAGAGCACGUCUUCCGCACCUUCGACGCCAACGGGGACGGGACCAUAGACUUCCGGGAGUUCAUAAUUGCUCUGAGCGUUACGUCUCGUGGCCGCCUGGACCAAAAACUGAAGUGGGCCUUCAGCAUGUACGACCUGGACGGGAACGGAUACAUCAGCAAGGCAGAGAUGCUGGAGAUCGUACAGGCGAUCUACAAGAUGGUUUCAUCUGUAAUGAAAAUGCCGGAGGAUGAGUCGACACCUGAGAAACGCACAGACAAAAUCUUCAGGCAGAUGGACACAAAUCGUGAUGGUAAACUGUCUCUGGAGGAGUUUGUUGAGGGAGCAAAGAACGAUCCGUCUAUCGUGCGGCUGCUGCAGUGUGAUCCCAGCAGCGUAGGGCAGUAGAACAACCUACUGUCUGCAGGCAUCUAGUAUUAUUUAUUCAGGUCAAAGCAUUCUCCUUCAUUCACCCAGUAGUGACUAACAGCACAACAGAUCGACAUUGAGCAGAUCAAAUUGGACCCAAGCAGAGGAGCCACAUACUGGACCAUCACAUACUGGACCAUCACAUACUGGACCAUCACAUACUGGACCACCACAUACUGGACCAUCACAUACUGGACCACCACAUACUGGACCAUCACAUACUGGACCAUCACAUACUAGACCAUCACAUACUGGACCAUCACAUACUGGACCAUCACAUACUAGACCAUCACAUACUGGACCACAACAUACUGGACCAUCACAUACUGGACCAUUAUACUGGACCAUUAUACUGGACCAUCACAUACUGGACCAUCGCAAACUGCACGGUCACAUACUGGGCCAUCACCUACUAGACCAUCACAUACUGGACCAUCACAUACUGGACCAUCACAUACUGCACCAUCACAUACUAGACCAUUAUACUGGACCAUCACAUACUAGACCAUCACAUACUAGACCAUCACAUACUGGACAAUCACAUACUGCACCAUCACAUACUGCACCAUCACAUACUGGACCAUUAUACUGGACCAUCACAUACUGGACCAUCACAUACUGGACCAUCACAUACUGCACCAUCACAUACUAGACCAUUAUACUGGACCAUCACAUACUAGACCAUCACAUACUAGACCAUGACAUACUAGACCACCACAUACUGCACCAUCACACACUGGACCAUCACACACUGGACCAUCACAUACUGGACCAUUAUACUGGACCAUCACAUACUGGACCAUCACAUACUGGAACAUUAUACUAGACCAUCACAUACUGGACCAUCACAUACUGGACCAUCACAUACUAGACCAUCACAUACUGGACCAUCACAUACUGCACCAUCACAUACUGGACCAUUAUACUGGACCAUCACAUACUGGACCAUCACAUACUGGAACAUUAUACUAGACCAUCACAUACUGGACCACCACAUACUAGACCAUCACAUACUAGACCAACACAUACUGGACCAUCAUAGACAUUCAUUUUAUUCUAAUGGUUACAGUUAGGAUCAAGGUUUACUAUUUUGAUCCAAGAUCAGUGGUGAAGGGCUGUUUCUACUUAAAGCCAAGAAACACAAUUCUGCCAUGAGGAACUGAACUGAAAGGAGGGAGAAAAGUAUUGGAGAAACAUGACACCAGAUGGAAGCUAUUGAUCUCCCCUACUGUAGAUGGAAGCUAUUGAUCUCCCCUACUGUAGAUGGAAGCUAUUGAUCUCCCCUACUAUAGAUGGAAGCUAUUGAUCUCCCCUACUGUAGAUGGAAGAGAGAGUGUAUGAGCGAAAAGAGGUAGCUAGAAGAUUUAUUAUAACAUUUGACAUAGUGACAAAAUAUUGUGGCAUUUUGCAGCAAUGAAACAUUUUCACUUUAAGAUUUUGAAUUAUAAAUGUUUGGAAUAUUUUGACUGCAAACAUGAUAGAAUGAUGUGUACAAUAUAAUCAUAUUUAUUGUAGGAUCGUAUUGAAAACAGAGAGGACCACACAUGUUGCUAUGCAUUUAUCUGUCUAUAUCCUCCUCUGCUUCAACUAGACUCACAGGGCAACAGCUCUCCUUUUUAGAGAAACACAAAUCUAUCAUCAUCAUCUAUCUCUAACACCAGUAGUGUUCACAGGUUUCAGAUUACACCACACACAGUUAAAUAUAUGCCACUGGCUGGGUCCCUGAAAUGCUUAAAUAUCCACACAGUGAAAUGUAUGCCACUGGCUGGGUCCCUGAAAUGCUUAAAUAUCCACACAGUGAAAUGUAUGCCACUGGCUGGGUCCCUGAAAUGCUUAAAUAUCCACACAGUUAAAUGUAUGCCACUGGCUGGGUCCCUGAAAUGCUUAAAUAUCCACACAGUGAAAUGUAUGCCACUGGCUGGGUCCCUGAAAUGCUUAAAUAUCCACACAGUGAAAUGUAUGCCACUGGCUGGGUCCCUGAAUUGCUUAAAUAUCCAUUGUAAGGACAAUACACAUGCAGACUAACUUAUCCUAUCACACAUUCUGUGACACGGUGUAACAUAUCAACAUGUUUGUUUGUUGUUCUUUACUAUAUACUGAACAAAAAUAUAAAUGCGGCGGCAGGUAGCCUAGGGGC